CCCGCUGUGGGGCGGGGAGGGGUUGGGCUGCGCUGCGACCGCCGUGGGCUUCCGGGUUGGCGUUACUGCUGUUGCUGUUGUCGGCACCGAGACUAACGCGGCGCCAUGAACCGCUUCUUCGGCAAAGCGAAGCCGAAGGCGCCUCCGCCCAGCCUCACGGACUGCAUCGGGACGGUGGAUAGCAGAGCUGAGUCAAUUGACAAGAAAAUUGCUAGGCUUGAUGCAGAACUAGUGAAGUAUAAGGAUCAAAUGAAGAAGAUGAGAGAGGGGCCUGCAAAGAAUACAGUAAAGCAGAAAGCACUGAGAGUGCUGAAGCAGAAGCGAAUGUAUGAACAACAGAGGGAUAAUCUGUCACAGCAGUCUUUCAAUAUGGAACAAGCUAAUUACACUAUUCAGGCACUGAAGGAUACAAAGACAACGGUUGAUGCAAUGAAACUGGGGGUGAAAGAAAUGAAGAAAGCUUACAAACAGGUCAAAAUUGAUCAAAUUGAGGACAUACAAGAUCAGUUAGAGGAUAUGAUGGAAGAAGCCAAUGAAGUCCAGGAGGCACUGAGUCGUAGCUAUGGAACACCAGAGAUUGAUGAAGAUGACUUGGAAGCAGAACUGGAUGCACUAGGUGAUGAACUUCUAGCUGACGAAGACAAUUCCUACUUAGAUGAAGCUGCAUCUGCUCCAUCAAUCCCAGAGGUCAUGCCUACUGACACAAAAAACAAAGAUGGUGUAUUGGUGGAUGAAUUUGGAUUGCCAAAGAUCCCUGCAACAUAAAUAUAUCAAAAGCACAAUGGAUAUAAAGAACUACACCUCACAAAUCAAUAUUGUUUUUGUUUUAUGUUGUUUUUUUUUAAGAAUCCUGGAAAACUUGUCCUUCCAGAGUAACCUAAAUAGCACUACAUCCUAGAACACAAUUAUGAAUGGCUGGUGGUAUUCUUUCUUUGAAGAAAGUUGUUCUACUACUGACUUUUCUAUUAAUGGAAACUUUGGCAGAAUUUCCUUCAGUGGAAGCAGUCAUUCUAAAGAGGUUUUGGUUUCUGUGUCUUAUGGACAAAGUAAUAGAUGAAAAGUAGUGGUGGCUGUGGAUAGCUGAAGUUUUUUACUUGUAUUGUUUCUUUUUCUUGAAACUGAGACUGUAUGUUGCUGCUUGCUCUCUGUAAAAUAGCUCCUUAUUACUAUGCUUAUUUGAUAAAAAGAAAUCAAAAACAUUUUUAAACUAUUACAGUCUUGAGACUUUAAUGCCAUUGUACUUGUAACUUUCUUGAAAGCUGUCCUAAAUAGGGUUAUCAUUAUCAUUAUGUAUUAUAUGGAGACAUAAAAUUGUGUAGAUGAAUGCA